UCGUUUGUCUAUUUGGCUUCUUCGUUUGCUACCUAAACCCUAGUCUCCAUACAUCAACUUGGGAGGUUAAAGAGACGGCAACGUUGUGCUGUCCGCCUUGACCGAGCCAGAGCUUCGUCUUGGCCCUCGAUUUUGCCCUGUAAAACUAUUCCCAGUCACAACAGAAAUAAUCAAUGGCACCGAAGCAGACCAAGGCUGAGAAGAAGAUCGCUUACGAUGCGAAGCUGUGCGACCUAAUGGAGGAGUACGGCCAAAUCCUCGUUGUAAACUCCGACAACGUGGGAUCGAACCAGCUCCAGAACAUUCGCAAGGGUCUCCGCGGCGACUCUGUUGUCCUCAUGGGGAAGAACACCAUGAUGAAGCGCUCUGUCAGGAUGCACGCUGAGAAAACCGGAAACAAUGCCUAUCUCAACCUUAUCCCCCUCCUUGUCGGCAAUGUGGGAUUGAUUUUCACCAAGGGUGACCUGAAGGAGGUCAGUGAGGAGGUUGCUAAGUACAAGGUUGGAGCUCCUGCUCGUGUUGGUUUGGUUGCUCCAAUUGAUGUCGUUGUUCCUCCUGGCAACACAGGGCUCGAUCCCUCUCAGACCUCUUUCUUCCAGGUGCUCAACAUUCCUACCAAGAUUAACAAGGGUACUGUGGAAAUCAUUACACCUGUGGAACUCAUUAGGAAGGGAGACAAGGUUGGAUCUUCUGAAGCUGCAUUGCUUGCCAAGCUAGGCAUAAGGCCCUUCUCAUAUGGGCUUGUGGUUCUCUCUGUUUAUGAUAAUGGUUCAGUGUUCAGCCCUGAGGUUCUUGAUCUUACUGAGGAUGACCUCAUUGGGAAGUUUGCUGCUGGUGUCUCAAUGGUUACUUCACUUUCAUUGGCUAUUUCAUAUCCAACACUUGCUGCAGCACCACACAUGUUUGUCAAUGCCUACAAGAAUGUUCUUGCUGUUGCGGUUGAGACAGAUUAUUCUUUCCCGGAGGCAGACAAGGUCAAGGAGUAUCUGAAGGACCCAAGUAAAUUUGCCGUUGCCGCCGUUGCUGCUCCUGCUGCUGCAUCUGGUGCUCCAGCGGCUGCAGCCAAGGAGGAGGAAAAGAAGGAAGAACCAGCUGAAGAGUCUGACGAUGACAUGGGUUUCAGUCUGUUUGACUAAAUUAAGUAAUACUUUUGUUGAGUUUGCUUUGUUAGAAUUGAUGAAGUUGUUUGUCUUUCAUUUUAGGUGCUAUUUUAGUUUGCUGUCUUUUCAAUUCAUGUUACAUUGCAACUAGUUUUUAAAUCCCAUAGUUAAUUAAAGCUUUAACAUUUUUGUCUCUUAUGGUUUUAAAUCAAGAUACCUAUUGUCUUCUUUGUGAA